AUGAUUCAGAUACCAAAACUACUGGAGCCCUCAGAUACUACCCUACCAUGGCUGGGUGCUUUGCCUGAUCCCAAUCUGACACCCUAUCGUCGACGGACAGCGAAGGAGCUGCAUAAGAGAUAUCGCGGUCCCGAUUACACGCCCCGACCUCCCAACGCGUUCCUCAUGUUUCGCGCCGACUUUGCCAGACAGAAUAUGGCCCCAGGAGAGCAGAACCACCGCAACAUCUCGCGCAUUGCUGGUGCUAUAUGGAGGGCUAUGGAUAAGGCGCAGAGAAAACCCUGGGAAGUGAAGGCGGGGGAGGCCAUGAGGAUGUUCAGACUUUCGAAAGACAAGCGCCGCUCCACAAAAGUUCAGAAGCCGUGCACUCAGACGCCUGACCUCUCUCUGUGGUUGCCCACAGGAUACUCGGCAACGCACGACUUUGACUGGCUUCAAUCCAUGCCCGCGGAAGGUAAGCACAGCGUCAUCCGUGUCCUAGUUUGCGAGGACUGCGUCUCAUGA